AUGUUUACUAGAGCUGCUAGGUUUAUACGGAGUUUCAGCUCGUCAAAUAAUGUGAACAAAUUGGCAGAAAACAUAGCGACGUCCAUCGAAGGCGUGGAUAAAAAAGGCAUCAGCGUACUGCUGAGUGCUGUUCCCGAGCUAACAAAAUACUCGCCGCAACAGUGGCAUCAGGUUACCAAAUUACUCGCCACAGAAGGAAUGGAAACGGAAAAAAUACUCGCAAUCAUCGGAGGACAUCCGACUAUACUGACGCGCCCCUCGGAAAAGAUUGUGGAAAGUUUGCACUGCUGGCGAUCGUGCCAGUUCGGUGACGGCAACAUGCAGGUGCUCCUGUCAGCGCAUCCGUGCUUUCUCGAAUACACGAACCACCGGCAACUUGCUCAGCGUGUGGCCUUUCUGCAUUCCCAUUUCGAGACGCGUAAAAAUGUGUAUAAACUGUUCUUGAACGCACCGAACUUGCUGGUCGAAGAACAGCACGUGACACAGGAAAAGAUCACGUACCUUAUGCAGACCAUGCGCCAUGAGGUGUUGGACGUGGUGAAAUCCUACGCCUUUUCGUAUGACCUUGAACACCUGCGGUGCCGACACACGUUCCUGGAGCGAUUGGGUUUGUUUAAACCGCGAUCGCUGAAGGCGGCGAAGACCAUACCGACCGGUAACCCGACGCUGUACCAAAUAUUGGACACCAGCGACAAGAGAUUCGCGGUGAAAGUGGCAUAUGUCACGCUGGAGGAGUAUGAAGUGUUUCAAGAGCUGUUCCGUCGAGAAAUUGAGCAACGCGAUGACUACGAGACGGAAAUUGAUAUAUAUGAUUCAGAUGAGACUGAAAUCGAACCUAGCCGAGAAUCUUAUCGAAAGAAGCAUAGGUAA